UGCCGUUCUUGUGCACCUAUCAAAUAAAGAAAAGAAGUAUAAUAACUACUCCUCGCCUUCUCUUGAAUCCUCAGUUCUCACCCUUACAAAGAGCAUUAAAGAUCGAGUAGGCGAACGCAUAAUUUCCACUCACGUGAGAUAAAGUAAGAAGAUUUUCGACGUAGUGGAAGGUUUCUUUAUUUAUUGAAGACUGAAGAACACUGCUAAAAGUUAGAUAUUUUAAAAAUGGAGUCAAAUGAGAAAUUAGUAUUAUGCAUGGAAAAAAAAGACUGGGACACUUUGGUGACUAUUUUGAAACCUAAAGACUUUUGUGGUGAUAUUCCAAGAACUUUUGACGAUUUUUACAAACUUCUCAAAGUAGCUGAACUCUUGACUGAAACAAAUAUUGAUCUCCCAGAAAAAAUAAAAGCUAUACUUCUCAAGUGUGUGGCUAAUUCAUGUGUCAAUGGAUUUACAGAAAAAGCAUAUACUCUGAGUGAUGUUGCAGAACAAAGUAACUUUUACAGACAGAUAUUAAGUAAAGUUUCUGAAUGGACUAGCGAUGGACCAUAUCCAUUCCACAUAAAUUUUCCGUAUGAAGGUGUUGUAAGAUGGGCAAUACAAACUAUUGUCGAUUAUUCAGAAGAUAAUAGAAAAUUGAAUGAAGAACAGAUAGAAGUGUUGCGUUUGAGCUUGCAAUUGCUGUGCAAUUUUUUCACGUUUGCAUUUAAUAUUGAAAAAUCAGCUAAUGCAGAUCUCUUUAUGACAUACAUUAAAGAUAAAAAAUUCAAAGAUACAAUCAUAAAACUUGUUGGUCACGAUCGAGCACCAAUUGCUAGAGCAGCUUGUGCCUAUGUUCACAACAUGGUGAGACAAGUAUUCAAAGAAUUUUAUGGAUCCAUUGACAAGAAGGAGCUGACCUCAGAAUUAAUAAAAUCCAUUAUAUCAGAUAUUCAAGCAGCAUUAGAUACAGUUACUUUGUUAUUGAAAGAGCCUAGUUACUUAAAAGAAAUUUAUGAAGAAUUGAGUAUUGAUGACAAGUUAUACUUAAUUGAUAUUAUUCAUCAAGAGGUUCGUGCAGUUGUUUAUAAUGAAGAGAAAACAAAGGAUGUUUAUGGAUUGCCUAUUGAAGCUAUAGAAUUUUUAGCUGAUAAAUUCAAAAAGAAAAGUGAUUUAAUUUUAAAGACAGUGGAUACAUACUUAAAUGGUUUAGAGCCUACAGAAAUAACUAUUCUGAUAGACAUUUUGGGUGUAUUAACUUCUAAUCCAAAACUGGAAGAAUCAAAAAAGCUUCAAGAGGAUAAAAGUCUUCUUAUAAAUUGUCUUUAUCUCUUGAAAGCAGUUCAUAUAAUUGGAAAAAAUUCAAACAAUUGUUUUACUCCUCUGCAAAAGCUGAGUGAGCUCACUGUUAGUAACGAAAAAAAUUGCUAUGAUGAUGCUGAUAACAAAAGUAAUCAUGUGUGUACUAAAACCAUUCAAUCCCAUCCUGCAUUUGGAUUUAAAGCAAGUCUUAUUCGACUAAUUGGCAAUUUAGUACAUAAGAAUGAGAAAAAUCAAAACUUUGUUCGAGAAAACGAUGGCAUUCCAUUGCUUCUUGAUUGUUGCAACCUCGAUGCGAGAAAUCCACUGAUUAUUCAGUGGACAACAUUAGCCAUCCGCAACUUACUCGAAAACAAUCAAGAGAAUCAAGACGUCGUUCGUGAGAGUACGAAGCUAGGAGUAGUGGACAGCUCGAUUGCACGUGAAUUCGGCCUAACCCUUCAUGACGAAGGAGAUGGGAAAGCAAUCGGUAUAAUGCCUUUGCCUAAAAAGGAUUGAUGUGACGAAACAGUCAGUCCUCGAAUCAAUUAUGAUAUCGACAUAAUUUUAAUCCUUAAUCAAAAAUUGAAUGUAAAAAUUUGAUUACAAUACUCAUAACGUAAACUGCCAAAUUUUAACAUCUCUAUAUUUAGUAAUAAGUAGUCACGUACGAAUCAAUUUUUUAAGGUCUUUUAUAAAAGAAGCGCUCUUUCAGUUAGUAUGCACGAUCACGUAGUCACCUGCCUUACCUUCCGUCUCAGCCUAGAAAUCUUCCUCGUUCGGCCGCAGGUAGAUGUCUUGUGAGCCGCGAAAAAACUGUCCAAGAUAUAAUGUAUUGCAUUUUUGUACAUUUUGUACGUGCGGUGAAAAAACGAAAAUCGUCCAAUCAUUAUGUAUUACCGCUAUGUUAAUCCCGUAAAUAAACGUGAAAUAAUAAUGUAUUCAAGCAAAAAAAAAAAAAAACAACAAAAAAAUACUUUGAUUGUAAUCACAAAAGAUCGACAAUCGUCCUUUUAUGAAGAUCGAUCAGCGUAAGAUGUGUUUUGAUCAGACGUACAGUAGUCGUCUUUUGUAUAACAAAGGCGAAAAUAAAGUAGC